GGUAAAUGUCAACUCUCCAAUUGUUAAACAAUAUGAAAGUCAAGUUGGUGUUCUAGGAAACAGUGAGAAUAAAAACAAGAUUCACACAAGUGAAUCUCUCCUGAAAAUAUCAUUUAAGUGGUUCAUUGUGUUAUAUAUUGUCUAAAUACAGGAUGAAGAGUGUUGCAAUGUUCAAACUAAACUAUUACCUUGUGACUUGCACUUGUGUACACUGCUAAUAAAUGUUCCAAUAUAUAAAUGUGACAAGUGUUUGCUGUGCUUGUGUACUGUUGAGACAAAGUUCACUUGUGGUAAAUGUUUCUCAUACAAGAGUAGCUCAAGAACCACAUACAUAUGCAGAAUUAUUAAUGCAAGUUUAGUUGUGAAAAGUGGAUAACCUUUGUAUGCGGUGCUAAAGUUACCCAAAUGUGUGUACACUGAUGGAUAUAUUUUCUUGUAUGGAGUGUUGUAAAGUGUGUAAAAGAUGGCCCAGUUUAUGAAUCAAAUAGCAGGACCUAGUGGGCCAAAUAAUUAUCAGUGUGGGGAAGUUUUUGGCAGUAAUGAUGCUUUGAAAAUGCAUACAUGUACAGAUGAACACAUAGAUGAUAAGAUAAGUAUUAAGUGUGAAGAGUUUGAAGAAAGCUUUAACAGUGAUUAUGAUGAGACACGUCAUGUGACUGCUGAUGAGACAGUCAUUAAGUGUGAAGAGUUUAAUGAAUGCUUUAGCAGUGACUAUGAUGGGACACAUCAUGUGACUGCUGAUGUGACAGACAUUAAGUGUGAAGAGUUUAAUGAAAGCUUUAACAGUGACUAUGAUGGGACACAUCAUGUGACUGCUGAUGUGACAGACAUUAAGUGUGAAGAGUUUAAUGAAAGCUUUAACAGUGACUAUGAUGGGACACAUCAUGUGACUGCUGAUGUGACAGACAUUAAGUAUGAAGAGUUUAAUGAAAGCUUUAACAGUGACUAUGAUGGGACACAUCAUGUGACUGCUGAUGAGACGGUCAUUAAGUGUGAAGAGUUUAAUGGAAGCUUAAACAGUGACUAUGAUGGGACACAUCAUGUGACUGCUGAUGUGACAGACAUUAAGUGUGAAGAGUUUAAUGAAAGCUUUAACAGUGACUAUGAUGGGACACAUCAUGUGACUGCUGAUUUGAAAGAUAUUAAGUGUGAAGAGUUUGAUGAAAGCUUUAACAGUGACUAUGAUGGGACACAACAUGUGACUGUUGAUGAGAAAGAUCUUAGUGAAGACAGUGAUAAAAGUUAUUACAGAGAAGACAAACUGAAGCAGCAUAUGGUUGUACACACUGGUGAGAAGAAUUUUAAGUGUGAAGAGUGUGGUAAAAGUUAUUACAGAGAAGGCAAACUGAAGCAGCAUAUGGUUGUACACACUGGUGAGAAGAAUUUUAAGUGUGAAGAGUGUGGUAAAAGUUAUUACAGAAAAAGUGAUCUGAAGAAUCAUAAGAUUGUACACACUGGUGAGAAGAAUUUCAAGUGUGAAGAGUGUGGUAAAAGUUAUUUCAGAAAUUGUGAACUGGUUUAUCAUAUGCGUGUACACACUGGUGAGAAGAAUUUUAAGUGUGAAGAGUGUGGUAAAAGAUAUUACAGAAGUUGGGAUCUGUAUGAUCAUAUGGUUGUACACACUGGUGAGAAGAAUUUUAUGUGUGGAGAGUGUGGUAAGAGUUAUUACAGAAGAUAUGAACUGCAGGAUCAUAUGCGUGUACACACUGGUGAGAAGAAUUUUACGUGUGGAGAGUGUGGUAAAAGUUUUUACAAAAAUUAUGAUCUGCGGAAGCAUAUAGUUGUACACACUGGUGAGAAGAAUUUUAAGUGUGAUGAGUGUGGCAAAAGUUAUUUCAGACUUACUGAAUUGAAGAAUCAUAUAGUUGUACACACUGGUGAGAAGAAUUUUAAGUGUGAUGAGUGUGACAAAAGUUUUUACAGAAAAAGUGAACUGAAAGUACAUAUGGUUACACACACUACUGAGAAGAAUUUUAAGUGUGAUGAGUGUGGCAAAAGUUUUUACAGAAAAAGUGAACUGAAAAGUCAUAUGGUUACACACACUACUGAGAAGAAUUUUAAGUGUGAUGAGUGUGACAAAAGUUAUUCCAGACUUACUGAAUUGAAGAAGCAUAUAGUUGCACACACUCGUCAGUAUUUUAAGUGUGAAGAGUGUGGUAAAAGUUAUUCUACAAAACCCAUUCUGAAGAGGCAUAUGGCUAGACACACUACUGAGAAGAAUUUUAAGUGUGAAGAGUGUGGUAAAAGUUAUUAUACAAAAGGUUAUCUGAAAAGACAUAUGGUUAGACACACUACUGAGAAGAAUUUUAAGUGUGAAGAGUGUGGUAAAAGUUAUUAUACAAAAGGUUUUCUGAAAAGACAUAUGGUUAGACACACUACUGAGAAGAAUUUUAAGUGUGAAGAGUGUGGUAAAAGUUAUUACAGAAAAGAACAUCUGAAGAGGCACAUAUAUAGCUGUGCACACUGGUAAAAAGAAUCUUACAUGAAAGUUUAAGGGAAAGAUCUUAUAGAAAAAUUGACUGGAGAACUGUAUGGUCUUGUGUGUUGGUAAGAAUUAUUCAAGUUCAUAUAAUAGAUUACUAAUAUCCAGAAAAGAUGUUCUGGACAUGGAUAAUUGGUUAUCCACCUGGUAACACUUUAAUGUGAUGUUAUGGUGGAGAAUUAUAUGAGUACUGUAUGUUAUCUUCACCAAUGUCACACCUGGUACUAAAGUGAAGGCUGGUCACUGCACUAUGUCCUCACUCUUGGUUCAGUUAGAUAUAGAUAUUCCUGUUAGGUUCACUAGGAGUCACAAAUAAUAUGUUUGGGUGUUUAUCUUAUUGUUAAUGUUCCAAGUAAACACUUGGCACCUUUUCCAUUUAUUAUAAAAAUAUAUAGUUUUAGCAUAUCACAAUCUGUUGGGUUUAUUUAUGAAUUAACCAACACAGGGUUCUGAGAGAAUUAUCGGGCUCAGGGCUAGAGCCGGCAGUCACACGUCUAGGCAGGGUGCUGUACAGUCUUGAUCUCUGUACCAGCCAUUAACUUGCCUACUUAGUUGACAGGUUUACUGGGCCGUGGAGGUGACCUGAAUGUCUUCUGCAAUGUGACCGGAUAUGAUGUGUUUGAUCUAUGCAUUCCUGUGUGGAACAUAACUA